ACUGUGUAGAAAGUAAGCUGCCUCUAGGUGUUUGCUAAAGUUUGCUCCUGCUAGCUAGUCGGGGUCAUGUUUAGUUGUUUACAUAGUCAUGCCAAGUGAGUCUGCUUUAUUCAAGGGUUCCUCUCGUGCCUUUAGCAGAUUUGGACAGAUACAUUAGCAUGCAGAGUGGACUAACAUGCCACAAACAACAUGUUUGGUAUAGAAAGAAAGGUACUUUAUUGACCCCCAGGGGGGAAAUUCAUUUUCACUCAUGCUAUUUAUGGAAAUGCUACACAUACAGUUUUGUUGGUAUAUAAAUGCACACACAUGCAGUGAACAUGCUUAGGGAGAGAUGUCAGAUUGAGGAUACUACCGUCAACCAGUGCACCCAGAGCAGUUGGGGGUUCGGUGCCUUGCUCAAGGGCACCUCGGCAGUGCCCUUGCCCAGGCAAGUGAACCAGCACCUCUCCAGCCACCAGUCCACUUGCCAAACUUCGUCCAUACAGGGACUCGAACCGGCGAUCCUUCGGUUCCCAAGCCAAGUCCCUAUGAACUGAGAUACUGCCGCCCCUUCAACAGACUUUCCCUGUUUCUUUUCAAGAAUGGCUUCCCUGAUCGUUCUGGUCUUUCUUUCUUGUUGGACUCUGACUCUUACAUUCCCUCACAGCGCUUUUGACAACAUUUUGAAAAGGUCAAGAGUAGAUUUUGAAUCAUCAGGUGGUGGACCAGAUGAACCUGUCAGAGGAAUAGUGAAGGUGGUGCAGCUAGACUCUCAGUCCCUGCCCCACUCAGGCUUCUUCAGAAGAGGACUGACCCAUAGAGGAGCCCCCUUCUCCAGCUCCAAACUGUCCUUCCCUGCUUUCUUAGCCAACGGGCGUCCAAGUCCAGCCUCAGCCCGUAAGACCCCAGUGAGUCCUAUACAUCACCUGACCCCUAAAAAUGAUAUCGAGCUUAAGAAGAGGCAAGGCCUGCAGAUGUGGCAGAGAGCCACAAGUAAAGGAGAAAAGAUGCACCUGCUAGUCAACCUGAAGGACACCAAACAGACAUGCAGUGCCGUACCUUUCACUCAGCAUGUGACAGCAGAAGGAUGCAGCACAGUAACCGUGCACAACAAACUGUGCUUUGGCCAGUGCAGCUCUCUGUUUGUCCCGUCUGAAGGGGAAUUUGGAGGGCUUGGUGCCACUGGGACAGGGUCUCUCCACCACCGAGCCCCCUGCUCCCGUUGUGCCCCAUCCAAGUCUCACACUGUGACUGUGCCCCUACGCUGUGGAGUUGAGGUCAGGGAGAGGCGGCUGGUGGUGGUGGAGGAGUGCAAGUGUGAGACGGGCAGUGAAGAGAAGAGUGCUGAGGCUUCUACACAUCUUUAAUUUUUUUUGUUACAAAAUGUAUGACAGUUCAGUGUUUGUCUGAAGUUGUCUGAAGGAAGAAGAGGGGCUUUGUUUUGACUUUGUUUUCCCUAAUUGAAGAAAAACACUGAGACACUUGUAUUGUGUAUUAACAUGUGUAUCUGUAUUUAUAAUUGUUAAUGAGUCUGAAUGUGUUAUUCAGAAAAAUGUGUUGUUGUUGUGGUGAAUUCCACCACUGACUGAUGACUAAAUGACCUCUAUUCAGGUCAUGUUACAGACGGAUCUGUCCACACUGGACUUGUGUUAACAUUUGAAAAUGUGUUUGAAUUAAUCUAAACUGAAAUAUUUGGAUCUGUAAUAUUGUCAUUGAAGUGUCCCAUUUGUACCAACCCCAUUUGCCUUGCUUUGCUAAUUAGUUUUCUGCUAACACUGUUAGUUUCACGAGUGCAAUGUAGUUUGCAUGCCAUGCUCGAGUAAAAACAUGAAGAGCA